AUAAAAACCAGCAAAAACUCCGCCAUUCCAACUCACCAACUCAACACUUCAAUCACCAGUGUCAACUUCUUCAAAUCAGCCGCUUCUACCAUCGCAAUGGCAGUUCAAGUCGACCCACCGAGUGUGCAGCUACCGGCAGGAGGAGGCAACGUCGCGCUGAAGCUCAUCAACGCUGGCCUUGAGCAACGCUUCGCCUACAAGCUGAGAUCGAGCAACAACGAACACUACCGCGUCAAUCCGGUCUUCGGGUUUGUGGAGCCCAAUUCUGCUGCAACGAUCACCGUCGACAGGCUGCCCGGUCCUCCCAAGGCUGAUGAUCGCCUCGAAAUCUGCUUCACGACGGUUCCUCCUGAUGCUGCUGAUGCGAGAGCGCUGUUCCCGCCGGGCUCAUCUGGUGACUUCAAACUGGACGUGCCUGUUGCUGCGACAUGAGUGCUCUUCUCUCGUCGACAUGAGGUAGUGAUAGCUGUGUAUGGCAGACAACUUGAUAGAUGUUCGAUACUUGUUUCGAUAAAUAAUGCUUCUGUACAACUAUAUAUGUUUGCCCCUUUUGGAUUGUUCCAUAUCCGAAAUUCACUUUGUUGUUGUACUUGUAUAUAUCUUUUGCUUUGUAAAAAUUUGUUUUUGCCAUUGGAUUUUGUAUUGUAAAUAAAGAAUUUUGUUUGAAUUUUGUUUUGUAUUUGUUUGAGAUUUUUAGACUUUCAUAAAGCUUUAGUUGUCCAGAUUUCGA